AUGGGCGUUAGGCCCAUUAGAAUCGAGUCCAGGAAAUUUUUGUUGUGGUUUAAAACAAUAAGCUCCAAAAACUGCUCGAGUUUAGGAAAAGAGUGUACUUCGGUCCAGUCCAGAGUUCGCAGCGCCACGGCUGCCUCUUCAUCAACAUCGGUUCAUCCACAAUCCCUUCUUCUCCGAUCUGUUCAACUCAACACCUCCAUGAGACCACCUCCUGGCUUCAUCGUCUCGGCUUCACGCUUCCGAAUAAACCUCUCUCCUCUGCACGCGAUUCGCUCGAUCACCGUAUCAGAUAACAAAGAGAGAAGGAGGAAGUACGAAAUAAAUCAUUGCUUACUGACCGGAUACACUCCGGUGGUUCUUCUAUGGAGGCAUAAUCAAACAGAAAACCAGAGAUCUUCAGAUUCGUCGAAGGUUUUUGAAGUAGAAGCGUUUCUUGAUGCAAUGAUAUGUGUGCAAAUUGUUGUUGCGUUGGAGAAGAUUGAAGCAGAAGUUCAGAUUUAUAGUUGCAAGAGUUUGUUACAGGUUCAGAAAAAUUUUGGCGAUGACCCUAUUUUGAACUAUUUUGGCUAUUUUGAAGCUUGA